AACUAUUGUCAUCUAUAAAUGGUGCAGCUUGAUCAGCCGUCAAAACAUCCCACGAAAUCAUCAACGCAGGAUUCAUCAGUCCCCCUCACGACAUUUCAAAUGGCUCGUACCAAACAGGUUCCUCGCAGAGGUGGAAAAAACAAAGUUCCGGAUAAGCAGAGAGCCUCCCCGCCUGUCACUCGUAAUGCAAGCAUAAAGACUCGUUCUCAGCGAAGGGCACGUACAUUGACAGGUGUAGGAAAGGCUCCUAGAAAGUGGAAGGCCACCAAAACUGGCACUAAAGCUGCCAAGAAAUCUGCCAAGAAAACGGCACCUAAUGUCAACACUCCCCCGGAUGCAGACCCAAAAACUAGUGCUGAGCAGGCCAGCAGAGAGGUCCUUUCAGCAACGGUUCCAAAGGAGUCCGUUGCCACCACAUCUGGACAAGAAAACCAGUUUGUUUUGCCAGAUGUGUCAGAAAUCCAGCUCUAUCUGCAGGCAUGGCUGCUGGCUGAUGAAAGUUCUCUUCUUCUCCAGGAAGCUGCAGGGACGCAGGUACCUACCCUUUUCUCGGUCACAAACCAUUGUUUAUCAAUGAAACCGACCAUUUAAAACUCUUACAGAACUGGCCCAGCACAGACCCUGCAGAUAAACUCUUGUGACUCGAGCAAGUCAAGAGAGCACAUGAUUGAUUGAUGAUCUGUAAUUCAAUGCAUGUAUGUCCAUGAUAAUGUCUGAAUGGGUGCAUUAAACAUGAAGCCACAACAUGUGUUGUAUUUU